AUGACACGACGUCUAGGACACCUCCACUGGGAGGUCAGCCGCCUCAUUGCCACCCGAGAGCGGCGCCCUACAACACUCCUUGAGCUGCAGAAUGCGGCUCUGGUCAUUGAUAACGCCCUCCGUGAAGAACGUACCAGCCACCCGCCUAAGGGUAAUAAGUCUGGAAGCUCUUCCACCCCCAAUAGGGGGACAAGUACCAGCCAACAGGCCACAAGACCAGGGCGCCUCUCCAGCAACCCCAAUUUUGUCUCUGAGGAGGAACAAAACCGCCGCCAGGCUGAAGGCCUAUGCAUCAAGUGCGGCAAAUCAGGGCACAAGUUUGCGGAAUGCCGCACUGGCUGGAAAGCCACGCCUAAGGAGGAAGGCGUCAAGAAAGAAGCCGCCAAGAUUGGCAAAGAGUCUGGACCCAAAUCAGGAAAAGACUAA